AUGGGCAGUUUAUUUCCUUGGACCACAGAACUGAAGGCUCCAGCUUUUUGGCUGUUGGCUGGAGGCAUCCUGCUGUUUCUAGAAGCCACCUGCAGUGGCUACAUGAGCUUCUCCAACACGUUCACUCACUUCAUCAGGCCCCCAAGGAGAGUCAGCAUAACCCCUGCGGUGGCCCAGAUGAAGGGAAGCCGGGGCGGGGGGCGCCCACAGGCCCGCCAACUUCAGCAAGAGGAGAGCGGACGAAGCUGUUUUGAGCCGACGCGCCGUGACCGCGCUGCGCACGCACCGCCGCGCGCGCCGCCCGGGAACGCGGGUCGCCGUUUGACCCCGCCGCCGCGCCGUAGGUCGGGCUCCACGCUGCCGGCAGCCAUGGCGGACGUGUCCGAGAGGACGCUGCAGCUGUCUGUGCUGGUGGCUUUCGCGUCCGGAGUGCUCGUGGGCUGGCAGGCGAACCGGCUGCGGAGGCGCUACCUGGACUGGAGGAAGCGGAGGCUGCAGGACAAGCUGGCGACGACUCAGAAAAAGCUGGACCUGGCCUGAGACCCCGCGCUGUCGGCGCCCUCCUCGCCUCGCCCACGCGGGGGCUCAGGCCGGCUUCACACUCACCGCCUGCAGCGCCUUGUUCUUUUUGGAGAGUUGCUGUUUGUCGAAGAUGGAUAUAGAAUACUGGACGGAUCUAAUUUCUCCUUGCACUUUAUGAGUCAAUUUUAUUUUCAAAAUAAAAAAACUUUAAACAUC